AGUCUUAAUGUAGUAGAUUUUUUUGUGCCAAAAAUGGUGUUGAACUGGUUAAAAUUACAAUAUCAUAUUCUGUUAGAUAUUAAAAUUCUGUUGUUUUUGUAUUCAUUAUCGUAUCUAUUGUACUUUAUAUUCAUUGCUAACCCAUAAAAUUCUACACGUAUGCUUGUGGUCUUCUGUAAACUAGCAUGACAGAUCGACGAUGCUCUAGGCAGAGGCAACAUUCAGCCUCUGCAAAUUCUGCGAGUUCUUAUAGUGGGAGUGCAGAUGAGAGUUCUUAUAGUGGGAGUUCAGAGGAGAGUACACGCAUCAUACCUGAUCCACCCAUGUCAUGGUAUCCUCCAGGUCAUAGUUCGAGAGGCCCAACACUCAUGCAUGGUAGUGAUUGGAACCCAAGUGGUGGCAUUUUACAUAUUGUGCCUAAUGAGUUGAACCAAGUGGUUGACGGGUAUACACCCUUGGCCUCUCGUUUGGGUGUUUUAGCUCGAGAUGGGAACCUUAUGCCCCUCACUUAUAGAACUUGGAGCCAUGUACCGAAGGAAAACAAAGAGAGAAUUUGGAGAGAAGUAAAGGUAAAAGAAUUAUUUCAUUUUACAUAUCAAUUUUAAUCUUAAUUU